AUGAACUCUUCAAACAUCACGUGCUCUUACAGUAUGGCCUCCUGGGAGGAGAGCAUGGACAAACUCUACUCCUAUUUCUACCUGCUCAUCUUCAUCCCGGGGUUGCUAGGAAACAGCCUGGCGCUCUGGGUGUUGUGUCGAUUCAUAAGUAAGAAGACCAAAGCCAUCAUUUUCAUGAUUAACCUGGCGGUGGCCGACUUGGCCCACGUGCUGUCCCUGCCGCUCAGGAUCUACUACUACUUCAGUCACGACUGGCCCUUUACCAACGCCAUGUGCAUGUUCUGCUUCUACCUGAAGUAUCUCAACAUGUACGCCGGCAUCGUUUUCCUCGUGUGUAUCAGCAUCCAGCGCUGCGUCUUCCUCGCCCGCCCCUUCUGCGCCAAGCGCUGGAAGAGGCGCUACGACGUGCGAAUAAGCCUGCUGCUCUGGGUCGUGGUUGGGGUGUGCUGCUCGCCCUUCAUCCUGAUGAGGAGAAGCGCAGGCAUGGGCGCAAGCAACAAUCACAGCUGCUUUAAAGACCUGCCCAUGCAGAGGCCGGGCCUGCACAUCGCCAUCCCCAUGAUGGCGUUUGCCGAGAUGUGUGGUUUCGUGGUGCCUUUGAUCAUCAUCAUUCUCUGCUCCUACUUCAUCACACGCUCCCUGCAGCACAGCGGCAGUGGGCAGCAGUCGCUGGCCGACAGGCACCGAGCUCUGCGCAUGGUGCGUGUCUGCACUGGAGUCUUCCUCUUCUGCUUCGCACCUUACCAUAUUAACUUCCUCUUCUACAUGAUGGUGCAACAGGACCUUAUUAGUGAUUGUUCAGUGCGACAGGCAGUCAAACAGUUCCAUCCCAUCUCUCUCUGCUUGGCCAGUCUGAACUGCUGCCUAAAUCCUCUCAUUUACUACUUCCUCACCACGGAAUUCCGCAAACUGACCAGGCAGGGAAGUUCCAUGCUCCGAGGAAGACUGAUGAGCUGGGAGAGCAGCUCGUCCUAUAAGGAGUAA